AUGAUACAUUAAUUAAGGUAGAAGUUGACAAAUUUGGCUUUUUUAGCAAAACAAAGAUAAAGGAGCCUACUUUUUAGAUCAACUAACUAUUCAUUCUUUUCAAACAUAAACAAUUAGAAGAAUGAAUCUCUAUUGAACGCCAAAGUAGAUUUUAAGUCUUUAACUAAAAUAGAAAUAGCUGAUUAUUUGAGGAAGCUAAAUUAAGAAUGCACUAUGACUGACAAGAAUAAAUAAGUGUUAGCGAAUAAACUAAACAAUAUAGAAUAACAAGCAGCUAAUCAUAUUAGUUUAAAUUAAGAUGAUUUAACAAGUCUUAUCUUAAUUCUUUAGAUUAUGUUUCAAAACUAGAGAUAGAGCUAAAAUAUCCUUAAUUUGGCUCAUACUGUUUUAUUGAAUUAUUUUUCAAAAUAAAUGAAUAUGUAGAAUACAUCUGCAUAAAAAUUUAUGGAAAGUCUCCAUGUUUUCCAAUAAAUAGUUCCUUUGAUAGCAAAAAGCGAUAAAUUUGAAUAUGAAUUAGUUCAAAAAUUGCAUUUAUUUUUUAGCUAAGAUUAAGUUUUAAAUUAGUUUACUCAAACAAGCUUGCUGCAUUUGAUUAAGUUUUUCUUUUCAAAAGGUAUAAUUGAGAUCCCCUUAAAAAUAAAUAUCAACCCAGAAAGCUUACCAUUUUAAGAGUUAGUUGAGUAUAUAUGGAUGACUUCUCUUUCUGGUGCAUAGAUUACUCAAGAUUAAACUAAAAUAUUGUGUAAGUUUUUAUAGGAACAGCCAUCUAUUAAGAAUAUUCCAAAGGCUAUUUAAUAUAAGCUAAAAGAAAUAUCAAUUAGCUCUGAUUUGGGUGAAGCAAGCAAAUAUAUUUCUCAAUUUGAUCAUUUUUACACCUAAGAAAGCUAAGUAUCUCCAAUUCAAGAAGACUGCGAAAUUAUUUUAAAAGUUCUCAAGUGGAAUUUUAAAUCAGAGGUUAGAAUUGAUCCAUAUACAGUAGAUUUUUUAAUUACUUUACCAAGCAUUAAAAAUUAAAUAGUGCUUGAAAUGAAUGGGCCAUCUCACUAUCCUUAUUUUUCAAAUAAAGAUGUAUUUUCUGCUAAAGAACAAAUGAAAGUUAAAAACUUAAAGAUAAAAAAUUAUAUACCCGUUCUAAUCCACCAUCAAGACUGGAGUUAAAUUAAAGGAGUCACAGGAAAAAUAGAUUUCAUACAAAAUUUAGUUUAAAAGCACAUUAAAUAAACAAACUUAUGA